AGUUCUACACUCAAUUCAACUACAUAAACACUUGAACACUCCAAUUCAUUCAACCUUUAAACCCUAACACACACCAUUCCAAUCUCUCUCUCUCUUCUCUCUCGAUUCAGCCAUGGCGAUCAUCUCUGAUUUUCACGAAGAAGAACCACAGCAGAACAAUGCUGCUCCUUCCAAAACCGACGCCUCUCCGUCGCAAUCGAAACCCUCUCCGUCGCCGACGUUCGCCGCCACUUUCGAUCGGUCAAACCCUGCUGCGUUUCUCGAGCGAGUCUUCGACUUCGUCUCCCGAGAAAGCGAUUUCCUCGCCACGGAGGCGGCCGAGAAGGAGGUAGCGUCGCUGGUGCGCGCUGCCAGGGAGAAGAGGAAGAAGAAGAGGGAGGAGGAGCUUAAGGCGUCUGAGGAGAAGGCGAAGGCUGAGAAGAGAUUGAAGGAAGCGGAGAAGAAACCCAAAGCGGAGGAGAAUGAUAAGAAAGAGGGAACCGCCGCCAUAGUUCCAAACAAAGGUAAUGGCAUGGAUCUGGAGAAAUAUUCUUGGACUCAGACUCUGCAAGAGGUCACUGUUAAUGUUCCAGUGCCACAUGGAACCAAAUCGAGGUUUGUUGUCUGUGAGAUUAAGAAGAACCAUCUAAAAGUUGGGCUCAAAGGUCAACCUCCAAUUAUUGAGGGAGAGUUUUUCCGGCCAGUCAAGCCUGAUGACUGCUAUUGGAGCAUAGAGGAUCAAAGUGCACUUUCUAUUCUUUUGACGAAGCAUGACCAAAUGGACUGGUGGAAAUGUCUGGUGAAGGGUGAUCCUGAAAUUGAUACCCAGAAAGUUGAACCUGAGAACAGCAGACUUUCUGACCUGGAUGCAGAGACUCGACAGACUGUUGAAAAAAUGAUGUUUGAUCAGAGGCAGAAGUCUAUGGGCCUCCCUACCAGUGAUGAGCUCCAGAAGCAGGAACUUUUGAAGAAAUUUAUGUCUGAGCAUCCGGAGAUGGACUUCUCUAGGGCAAAAUUAGCAUAGACGGUGUUACUUUUGUCAUUGUUUUUCGGGACUGGUCUUACAGGCUUGCUCACCUCUUUUCCUGUAAUGACAGUAUCUUUGGUUGUAGUUCGUUAACUUAAUAUCUCUUUUUGGAUUGUGAACACAUUGAACUUUGUUCAUAACAGUUAACCAUAUGCGUGACGAGAAUAUAUGGUGCAAAUAGUAUAAAUAUUACAUCUCUUUUUGAAUA